AUUGUUGCCAAGUUAUCAACACUAUAUCCAAAGGAUAUGGAAGCACCUGCUGGUGGUGUGGAUGACAUGACAAAACUCUCAUAUUUGCAUGAACCUGGAGUCCUGCAAAAUCUGAGAAUUAGAUAUGAGCUGAAUGAAAUAUACACUUACACUGGAAAUAUUUUGAUUGCAAUUAAUCCAUUUCAAAGAUUGCCUCAUAUCUAUGAUGCACACAUGAUGGAACAAUACAAGGGAGCACCAUUUGGUGAACUAAAUCCUCAUGUUUUUGCAGUUGCUGAUGUGGCAUACAGGGCAAUGAUUAAUGAGAAAAAGAGCAACUCAAUUCUAGUCAGUGGUGAAAGUGGUGCAGGAAAAACUGAGACUACAAAAAUGCUUAUGCGGUUCCUUGCCUAUUUGGGUGGGCGGGCGGCUACUGAAGGACGUACAGUUGAACAACAAGUCCUUGAAUCUAAUCCGGUUCUUGAAGCAUUUGGCAAUGCUAAGACUGUCAGAAAUAACAACUCCAGUCGCUUUGGUAAAUUUGUUGAGAUCCAGUUUGAUACAUAUGGUAGAAUAUCUGGAGCAGCCAUCAGGACUUACCUUUUGGAGAGGUCCCGUGUUUGCCAAAUCAGCGAUCCAGAACGCAACUACCACUGCUUUUACCUUCUUUGUGCUGCACCGCAGGAGGAAAUUGAUAAAUAUAAGCUGGGACACCCCAAAACGUUUCACUAUCUUAAUCAGUCGAAAUGCUAUGAGUUGGUUGGUGUAAGUGAUGCCCGUGACUAUCUAGCCACUAGAAGAGCAAUGGAUAUUGUUGGAAUAGGUGAAAAGGAUCAGGAAGCAAUUUUUAGGGUUGUUGCUGCAAUUCUUCAUCUUGGUAACAUUGACUUUUCCAAGGGAAAGGAAGCUGAUUCAUCAGUCCUUAAAGAUGACAAAUCGAAAUUUCAUUUGAAAAUGACUGCAGAACUUCUAAUGUGUGAAGCUGAGGGAUUAGAAGAUGCAUUAUGUAAACGAGUGAUGAUCACUCCUGAAGAAGUUAUAAAGCGAAGUCUUGAUCCACUUAGUGCAGCUGUCAGCAGAGAUGGCUUAGCUAAGACACUAUAUUCUCGAUUGUUUGACUGGUUGGUAGAUAAGAUUAAUCACUCAAUCGGACAAGAUUCUGCAUCAAUUUCAUUGAUAGGGGUGCUUGACAUUUAUGGGUUCGAAAGCUUCAAGAAUAACAGCUUUGAACAAUUUUGCAUUAACUUCACAAAUGAGAAGCUGCAGCAACACUUUAACCAGCAUGUAUUCAAGAUGGAGCAAGAAGAAUAUACGAAGGAGGCAAUAGAUUGGAGCUACAUUGAAUUUGUUGAUAACCAAGAUGUCUUGGAUCUCAUUGAAAAGAAACCUGGAGGUAUCAUAGCUCUUCUUGAUGAAGCCUGUAUGUUCCCCAAGUCAACUCAUGAAACAUUUUCUAACAAGCUCUAUACAACUUUUAAGAAUAACAAGCGUUUUGUCAAGCCAAAAUUGUCUCGCACAGAUUUCUCAAUUGCGCAUUAUGCUGGAGAGGUACAAUACCAAUCGGAGCAGUUUCUUGACAAAAAUAAAGAUUAUGUGGUUCCUGAACAUCAAGAUCUCUUGAGUGCCUCCAAAUGUUAUUUUGUACAAGGGCUUUUCCCUCCAGUACCUGAAGAGAACACCAAAUCUUCCAAUAAGUCUGCCAAAUUUUCUUCAAUUGGUUCACGUUUUAAGCUACAACUGCAUCAAUUGAUGGAGACAUUAAAUGCUACAGAGCCUCACUACAUUAGAUGCGUAAAGCCAAAUAAUCUUCUUAAACCCGGUGCAUUUGAAAACGCUAAUAUCAUGCAGCAAUUGCGUUGUGGCGGUGUUUUAGAGGCAAUAAGAAUAAGUUGUGCUGGAUACCCUACUCGUCGACCUUUCUUUGAGUUCAUAAACAGAUUUGGAAUUCUUGCACCUGAGUUCUUGGUAGGAAAUUAUGAUGAAAAGGUUGCAUGCAGAAAGAUCCUAGAAAAGAAGGGACUCAAAGGCUUCCAGAUAGGUAAAACAAAGGUAUUUUUAAGAGCUGGUCAGAUGGCCGAGUUAGAUGCCAGAAGAGCAGAGGUACUUAGUGAUGCAGCAAAUACUAUACAAAGGAGAGCAAGAACACAUAUUGCCCGGAAGCACUUUCUAGCAUUGCGAGAUGCUUCCAUUUGCUUACAGUCAUUUUGUAGAGGUAAAUUGGCUUGCAAACAAUAUGGGGAGAUAAAAUUAGAGGCAGCUUCCACAAAGGUUCAGAAGACUGUUCGCAAGCAUCAGAAGUGGAAAGCCUUUAACGAACUCCGUGUCUCUGUGCUUGUUCUGCAGACAGGUUUACGCGCCAUGGAUGCUCGCAAGAAAUUCAGAAACAAGAAGCAAGCUAAAGCUGCUACUAUAAUUCAGGCUCGGUGGCGUCGUUAUGAAGCUUCGUCACGUUAUAAAAAACUCAAGAGAGGAUUAAUAACUACUCAAUGCAGAUGGAGGGGGAUACUUGCCAAAAGACAGCUUCGGAAGCUUAAAAUGGCAGCAAGGGACACAGGUUUACUAAAGGAGGCAAAGGAUAAGCUUGAAAAACAAUUGGAGGAACUCACAUGGCGUCUUCAGCUGGAAAAACGUUUGAGGACCGACUUGGAAGAAGCAAAACAACAAGAAACAGCAAAGUUGCAGAAUAUUGUUGAAACUUUGCGGAAACAAGUUGAUGAAACAAAUGCAUUGCUUGUCAAGGAAAAAGAAGCUGCUCGAAAGGCAAUUGAAGAAGCUCCUCCCGUAAUCAAGGAAAAAGAAGUUUUUGUUCAAGAUACCAAGCAGAUUGAAUCUUUAACUUCAGAAGUCGAUAAUUUAAAGGCCUUGUUGCAGUCAGAGAAGCAAAAUUCUGAAGAUUUAGGACGGAAAUAUACUGAAUCUGAAGAACGCAGCGAAGAGAGGCGCAAAUUAUUAGAAGAAACAGACAAGAAAGUUGAUCAACUCCAGGAAUCAUUAAGAGGGUUAGAAGAGAAGCUCAACAAUUUAGAGUCGGAGAACAAAGUUCUUCGUCAACAGGCUGUUUCCAUUGCACCCAACAAGCUCCUCUCUGGACGCUCAAAAUCUAUACUUCAGCGGGGUGGUGAAAGUGGUCAUCUGAAUAUGGAUCCAAGGAUUUCUGUGAAUAUGCGUAGCUCAUCAAUGAUGCAAAGAGAUUUGGAUGACAAACCACAAAAGUCACUCAAUGAGAAACAACAGGAGAAUCAGGAGUUGCUUCUCCAAUGUAUUGCAAAACCAUUGGGCUUUUCAGGGAGUAGACCAGUUGUGGCCUGUUUAAUAUACAAGUGCCUGGUGCAAUGGAGAUCUUUCGAAGUUGAGCGGACUAGUAUUUUUGACCGUAUCAUCCAAACCAUUGGUCACUCCAUUGAGACACAGGAAAGCAAUGAUGUCCUUGCCUACUGGUUGUCCAAUGCCUCAACCCUUUUGCUGCUCCUUCAGCGCUCAUUAAAAGCAAGUGGUGCAGCUGCAAUGCCUCCAUUGCGUCGUCGAUCCUCAUCAGCUGCUUUGUUUGGAAGAAUGACUUCGAGUUUCCGGGGAACACCUCCUGGAGCUAAUUACUACGUGAAUGGUAGCGGUGGAGUAGAUACUUUGCAUCAAGUAGAAGCCAAGUAUCCAGCUUUGCUUUUCAAGCAGCAACUUACAGCUUAUGUUGAAAAAUUUUAUGGAAUGAUUAGAGACAAUCUAAAGAAAGAGAUCUCUCCCUUGCUAGGAUUGUGUAUUCAGGCGCCAAGGACCUCCAGAGCAAGUUUGGUUAAGGGGUCAUCACGAUCAAUUGCAACUUCUUCUGCCCAACUAGCUUUGAUUGCACACUGGCAAGGGAUCGUGAAGAGCCUUGGGAAUUUCUUAAGAACUCUGCAAGAAAAUCAUGUGCCCCCAUUUCUAGUUCGUAAAGUGUUCACACAAAUAUUUUCUUUCAUCAAUGUUCAACUUUUUAAUAGCCUUCUGUUAAGAAGAGAAUGUUGUUCAUUCAGUAACGGUGAAUAUGUGAAAGCGGGAUUGGCUGAAUUGGAACAUUGGUGUUUCAAGGCCACUGAGGAGUACUCAGGUUCAUCUUGGGAUGAGCUGAAACAUAUCAGACAGGCGAUAGGAUUUCUGGUUGUCCAUCAGAAGCCAAAGAAAACAUUGGAUGAAUUAAGUCGUAACUUGUGCCCAGUUCUCAGUAUACAACAAUUAUAUCGGAUCAGUACAAUGUACUGGGAUGACAAGUACGGCACGCACAGUGUAUCGCAGGAGGUAAUAUCGAGCAUGAGGGUAUUGAUGACUGAAGAUGCAAACAAUGCAGUGAGCAAUUCCUUUUUGUUGGAUGAUGAUUCAAGCAUUCCAUUCUCGGUCGAUGAUAUAUCAAAGUCAAUGGAACACAUAGAAAUUGCGGAUAUUGAUCCUCCAGCUUUUCUGCGUGACAAUGCAAGCUUUAGUUUUCUACUUCCACGGCCAGACUAAGUACUACUCCCUGGAGUAAUAUUUGCUUACAAAUCUCUGAGUAUAUUCCGAGGUUAGUAUCCAGCUAAUCACUGUAACUCACAUGUUUCAUAAUUCAUAUGAAUGUCCUAGGGCUGGCAGUGGGUGAACCGGGAUAUUUGUAGAAUGACAGAGUUUAUAUCUAGGUCCAGGAGGAGUCUGUUGCAGAAGAUGUGUGAUAAAUCAAUCAUUUAGUAUUUAUAAUAUGGUGUUGUACAACUAGCUAAUAUAAUGUUUUGGUAUGUAAAUAGGGUCAUUAGCAGUUUUAAUCAUGUAAUUACUAUUUAAGUAUUCUCAGUUGUAGUUUUUGAAAUCAAAACAUAACGAGGUGAUCAUUGUUACAGUAGAACAUUUGUAAAACAAACGAUAUAACCAAAUCUAAUACAGCAAU